GCUCAUUUCGCAUAUGUAGAGAUUUCCGAAACGCACCUAUCUACAUAAGCCGUCCGCUUUCGGAGUCUUUCUCAGCCUUCUAGCGCAGCUCACCGUCCCACAAGUCAGUAGUUUUGAGAAGCUUGUCGUGUAAAGCAGUUCACUCCCGCUCUGGUUCAAUCAAAGUAAGAGGUCUUCAGUAUGCAGUAUUUCACAUCGCUAACCUUUUUAGUGAUGCUCUUGAUUGGGCUGGCUUAUUGCGAUGUGUCUCACGUGUUGGCGCCAGUUAUAGUGGAGGAUGAAGUCACUACUCUUCCUCCUCCGCCAAGACCUUACGCCUUCGGUUAUGUGGCUGGACGUUAUCCUGGACAUGUCGAUCGUUCUCAUAGCGAAAUUUCUGAUGGAAGUGGAGUUGUCCAAGGAUCGUUUUCUUAUGUCGACCCCAAAAAUCAACUUCGUACGGUGGAGUACAUAGCUGAUGCUCACGGAUUUUACCCACGAUUGAGUCACGAACUGAAAUCUCCCGAACAAACCGAAGCAGUACAACGUGCCGCGAAUAAACAUUUUGCGUUGUAUGCAAAGAUCGCGGAAGCUCAUGCCAAUCCCCACCUGCAACCUGUCCAGGAACCAUCGCUCCCUAGAGAUACAGUGGCCGUAUCCAAGGCCAAAGAUCGACAUUUCACGCUGUACGAGAAGAUCGCCCAUGAGCAUGCCCAAAUUGCAGCGCAACGCGAAGCAGAACGACUGGCUUUCGAGGCAACUUCCGAAGUCAAUGGAUUACACUGAAUGGGCGAAACUUGAGACCGUAAAAAAUAGUGCAAAACCGGUGUAUGACUGAAGAGAACUAAAUUUCAAGGACACAAAACAGACGCUCGAGUGCCUUUCUAACUGUGUAUAUCAGUGUAAAUGUAUAUAACUUUCUGCGUUAGGAGCGCUGCAAUACCGAAACUCUAAUGCAGAUUGAGUGUAUUUUAUAUAAAUUGUAAUAAAUAUUUUUUGCCACAAGAA